AUGGCCGCCCAGGGUUCCGAGAGCAUCAACCUUGAGACCCUCGAUGCUCAGCAGCUCAGUCAGGUGAAAAAACAGUUGGAGGAGGAGCUAGAGCACUUGACAAACUCCUUCGCCCAGUUGCACAGCGCCCAGGCCAAGUUCAAGGAAUGCCUUCGCUGCGUCAAGGCACGCCCUGGAUCGCAAGAAGAGGAAAAGUCCGUGCUAGUUCCAUUGACCAAUUCUCUCUACGUGCGUGGGGAACUAUCAGACCCUAAACAUGUCAUCGUCGACGUCGGGACUGGUUUCUAUGUUGAAAAGGCAGGUCUAACAUUUAUGUGUUUCGCGCCUGGUUUCCAAUCAAGUUUCGGUAUGUAG